AUGGUUUGGGGUCUGUCCUGGGGGUCUGGUGUCGAGGUCGGGGAGCUGAGGGGGGUACUGACCCAGUUCUGCUCGGCAGCCACUGUUGGGCAUGUGUCUCCUCAGGUAGAAUUCAUGUUUAAGGCUGUGAUUCCCAGACCUCCUCUGGAAAAUCAGUAUUUAGGUUUUGUCCAGAUUGACAGUCAGAGCCCAGGUGUGACAGAAACUGUGCAGGAGAUCCAGGUGUUGCUGCAGGCCUUCUUUAGUGAUGAUGAAGAUCCAGAGGAUCCCACUUUCAUAAACAUCGACAUCAAACCUGUAAUAAAAAUAGACACUGAGAAGUUCCAUUUCUGUGCAGCAGGUGGCGGUAAAGCUCCGUCACCGACAGACAGCACCUCCCGCUCUGGAGCCGAAAGUGAAAGCAAACAUUUUUCCUGUGACUCCGCCAUCAGCGUCUCCGCCAGCUGUGUGUCCAUGAGGAGUGAAUGGUCUAUGGAAAAACCUAUUGAGUUCAAAGAUGGCCUCCACUCUGCUGAUAAAAGGUAAUUUAAAAAAGAAAAAGACCAGACCCCCCCUGAACCCAGCUGUGUGUCCAUGAGGAGUGACUGGUCUAUGGAUAAACCUAUUGAGUUCAAAGAUGGACAGCACUCUAUGGGUCCAAGAGUCCAGCAGCAGAGCUCAGAGGUUCCCAGUGGUCAGUCUGCCCAGGAGCAUCAAACAGACCUGGCCUCCAUAUUUAUGCUGCUGGAGGAGAACAUCGUCACCUUUGUGAAGAACGAGCUGAAAAACAUCCAGAGGUCUCUGAGUCCAGAUUACCCAGAAUACUUAGAGAGGCAGAGGGAGGAUGAGGAGGUGUUGGACGGUGAGGAGGAAGAGCGGAGGUGGAGCAGCAGAGAGGCUUUUCUGCAGAUCACACUGCACUUCCUGAGGAGAAUGAAGCAGGAGGAGCUGGCUGAGCGUCUGCAGAACACUCCUGCUGCUCUUUGCCAACGUGAACUCAAAUCUAAGCUGAAGAAGAAGUGUGAGUGUGUGUUUGAGGGGAUUGCUAAAGCAGGAAACCCAACACCUCUGAAUCAGAUCUACACAGAGCUGUACAUCACAGAGGGAGGGAGUGGAGAGCUCAAUGAGGAACAUGAGGUCAGACAGAUUGAAACAGCAUCCAGGAAACCAGACACACCAGAAACACCAAUCAGAUGUGAGGACAUCUUUAAAGCUUUACCUGGAAGAGAUGGACCAAUCAGGACAGUGAUGACAAAGGGAGUGGCUGGCAUUGGGAAAACAGUCUUAACACAGAAGUUCACUCUGGACUGGGCUGAACACAAAGCCAACCAGCAUGUCCACUUCACAUUUCCAUUCACUUUCAGAGAGCUGAAUCUGCUGAGAGAGAAAAAGUUGAGCUUGGUGGAACUUGUUCAUCACUUCUUCACUGAGACCAAAGAAGCAGGAAUCAGCAGGUUUGAGCAGUUCCAGGUUGUGUUGAUCUUUGACGGUCUGGAUGAGUGUCGACUUCCUCUGGACUUCAACAACAACCAGAUCCUGACUGAUGUUACAGAGUCCACCUCAGUGGACGUUCUGCUGACAAACCUCAUCAAGGGGAACCUGCUUCCCUCUGCUCGCCUCUGGAUAACCACACGACCCGCAGCGGCCAAUCAGAUCCCUCCUGAGUGCGUUGGCAUUGUGACAGAGGUGAGAGGCUUCACUGACCCACAGAAGAAGGAAUACUUCAGGAAGAGAUUCAGAGAUAAGAAGAAGGCAAGCAGAAUCUUCUCCCACAUCAAGACGUCACGAAGCCUCCACAUCAUGUGCCACAUCCCAGUCUUCUGCUGGAUCACUGCUACAGUUCUGGAGGACGUGUUGAAAACCAGACAGAGAGGAGACCUGCCCAAGACCCUGACUGAGAUGUACAUCCACUUCCUGCUGGUUCAGACCAAAGUGCAGAACGUCAAGUAUCAUGGGAGAGCUGGGACAGAUCCACACUGGACUCCAGAGACCAGGGAGAUGAUCCUGUCUCUGGGAAAACUGGCUUUUGAGCAGCUGGAGAAAGGCAACCUGAUCUUCUAUGAAGCAGACCUGGCAGAGUGUGGCAUUGAUAUCAGAGCAGCCUCAGUGUACUCAGGCGUGUUCACACAGAUCUUUAAAGAGGAGCGUGGGCUGUACCAGGACAAGGUUUUCUGCUUCGUCCAUCUGAGCAUUCAGGAGUUUCUGGCUGCUCUUUAUGUCUUUGUGACCUUCAUCAACUCCGGAGUCAAUCUGCUGACAGAAGGACAAUCAACCUCCUGGUGGUCUGCACUAUUCAACAAAUUCAAACUAAAACUCCUCCACCAGAAUGCUGUGGACAAGGCCUUACAGAGUCCAAAUGGACACCUGGACUUGUUCCUGCGCUUCCUUCUGGGUCUUUCACUGGAGACUAAUCAGACUCUCCUACGAGACCUGAUGACUCAGACAGGAAGUGGCUCACAGACCAAUCAGGAAACAGUCCAGUACAUCAAGGAGAUGAUCAAUUACAGUCCCUCUCCAGAGAGAAGCAUCAACUUGUUCCACUGUCUGAAUGAGCUGAAUGACCAUUCUCUAGUGGAGGAGAUCCAACAGUACCUGAGAUCAGGACGUCUCUCCACAUUCCAACUGUCCCCUGCUCAUUGGUCAGCUCUGGUCUUCAUCUUACUGUCAUCAGAAGAAGAUCUGGAUGUGUUUGACCUGAAGAAAUACUCUGCUUCAGAAGAGGCUCUUCUGAGGCUGCUGCCAGUGGUCAAAGCCUCCAGGAAAUCUGUGCUGAGUGGCUGUAAUCUGUCAGAGAGAAGCUGUGCAGCUCUGGCCUCAGUUGUUAGGUCCCAGUCCUCUAGUCUGAGAGAGCUGGACCUGAGUAACAACCAGCUGCAGGAUUCAGGAGUGAAGCGUCUCUCUGCUGGACUGGAAAGUCCACAUUGCAGACUGGAGGCUCUCAGGCUGUCAGGCUGUCUGGUCACACAGGAAGGCUGUGCUUCUCUGGCCUCAGCUCUGAGCUUUAACCCCUCCCAUCUGAGAGAGCUGGACCUGAGCUACAAUCAUCCAGGAGACUCAGGAGUGAAGCUGCUCUCUGCUGGACUGGAGGAUCCAACCUGGAGACUGGAGGCUCUCAGGGUGGACCAUGGUGGAGAGCAGAGGUUGAAACCAGGCCUGAGGAAGUAUUCCUGUGAACUCAAACUGGACACAAACACAGCAAACAGACACCUCGUCCUGUCUGAGGACAACAGGAAGGUGACAGCAGUGAGACAGAAGCAGCAGCCAUAUCCUGAUCACCCAGAGAGGUUUGAGGACUGGCAACAAAUCCUGUGUAGAGAUGGUCUGACUGGUUGCUGUUACUGGGAGGUUGAAUGGGAAGGACGGGUUCGUAUCACAGUGACUUACAGUGGAAUCAGCAGGAGAGGACGCGGUGCUGACAGCAGGUUUGGAGGGAACAAAAACUCCUGGAGUCUGAUCUGCUCUGAUAAAGGUUUCUCUGUCUGCCACAACAACAUCAGAACAGACAUCCCUGCCCCCCCUUCCUCUCACAGAGUGGCAGUGUAUCUGGACUGGCCUGCUGGCUCUCUGUCCUUCCACAGCGUCUCCUCUGACACACUGAUCCACCUCCACACCUUCACCUCCACAUUCACUGAGCCUCUGUACCCGGGCUUUAGGGUUAGGUCUGGUUCCUCAGUGUCUGUGUGUCAGAUGGAGUGAGAGUCUCCUCCUGUGUGGAGAAACACUUCUGACAUCACACAGUUAACCUGCCUGGCAACAUCCAAUCAGCUCACUUCAUUUUAAUAACUUUGGCAGCGUCGAUUUUCAUGACAAGUUUCUGCCACAGAGAGAUUCGUAACACGCUGCUCAUUCUGUCACGAUGGGAGUGUUAAUAAAGUUAUUCAACGCUUUCCUC